ACCACGCGAGGAGUCUCGAUGAGAGAGAAAGAGAGAGGGGGACAGGGGGACAGGGAGGGAAGUUUGAAGCUCGAACGAAUGAGAUUACAUAAGAGGUGGAGACUGUAGAGAGUUCAGAGUGGUGGAGAGAGACAGAGAGCAGAUGGCUGCGAAGGAAGAUGGAUCAUCGACGUGGGAGGCAGAGGUGGAGGAGGAGGAAGAGGAGGAGGAGGAGUUCAAGAUUUGGAAGAAGAACAGCCCCCUCCUUUACGACAUGGUCCUCUCCCAUGCCCUCGACUGGCCCUCCCUAACCGUGCAAUGGCUUCCUCCCAAUGACCAUGACGACGAUGCCGUCUUCCCCCUAAUCCUCGGCACCCACACCUCCUGCGGCGAGCCCAACUCCCUCAUCAUCGCCCAAGCUCACCUCCCUCCAAAACAAACCUCAACCUCCCUCUCCAUACCCAAGGUUUUGAUAGAAAAAGAAAUAUGUCAUGAUGGUGAAGUUAAUCGGGCUCGGUAUAUGCCCCAAAAUUCUCGCAUUAUUGCCACCAAAACAAUUCAUUCUGAUGUUUUUGUCUUUGACUAUGGCAAGCAUCCUUCUAGAACUCCUCCUGGGGGUUCAUGCAGUCCUGAUUUACGAUUGAGAGGUCAUACCAUGGAAGGAUAUGGGUUGUCUUGGAACCCUCAUAAGGAGGGUUACCUGUUGAGUGGUUCUGAUGAUUCCCUUAUUUGCUUGUGGGAUAUCUCUACUAUGCCACAGCAGCAGGUGCUUGAGGCGAAAGAAGUGUACGAUGUUCAUGAGGGCGUGGUUGGAGAUCUUUCUUGGCACUUAAAGCAUGAAUAUCUAUUUGGAUCUGUAGGAGAAGAUUGUCGGUUAAACAUCUGGGACUUGCGCUCUUCUCUACCCAAAAAGCCUCUGCAGUCCAUUCUUGCACAUCAGGCUGAGGUAAGAAUAUGCAGGGGAGAAGUGUAUGAAGUAGCAUGGAAUCCUAAGUCUGAAACCAUUUUAGCAUCUUCUGGUGCCGACAGACGUGUAAUGGUUUGGGAUCUGGACAGGAUUGGAGAGGAGCAGGCUGCUGAAGAUGCUGAAGAUGGACCACCUGAAUUGCUAUUUGUUCAUGGAGGUCACACAGACAAGAUAUCUGACUUCUCAUGGAAUCCCCAUCAUGAUUGGGUCAUUGCAAGCGUAGCGGCAGAUAACAUUAUUCAGAUAUGGCAGAUGGCUGACCAUAUUACUAAUGAUGGUGAGGAUGUGCAUGCUGAUUUAUAUCCCUAGCCUGCCUCUUUGGGAAGUCUAGAAAUUCUAUAGCCAGGUCCUGUUCCUUGGGUUCACAUAUCUCCACGAGGCCUGUUUGGAUGAGAGACCCGGCUCUUUGAAUUUCAGCUGCCUUGUGGGCAUUUUUCUGUUGAUUAUUGGUGUUGUAGCUCUAUUCAAGACUUCUUUUUCUUUUUUUUUGUCAUUUUGAGGCUUAGCUUUCAUUUUGUUAAUUACGGGCCAUAUCGUAAAAGGAGAAUGAGCUGAAACACGUGCAACUGGUGGGUAGGACCUGUCACAUGGUCCAUCAGCCUCGGCUUAGUAGUAUACAUCCUGGUUUGGAUGAGGAACGUCAAAGGUUUGAAAUAUGGAAAUGUCUAGAAAAACCAAGGAAGCUGACUUACAUUUCGUCAUGCUUGGAAAGUUCAGUUAAAAACAUAUAUCUGCUUGCUUGUGCCCAUAGUUGCGCAUAUGCAGAAUAUUUGUGAGUUCCUCAUUUGGACUAGAGGUGGUAAACCCAGUCAAUCCAUAGUUUGCUCUCAUGUACUUGCAUAUGGAACUGUUCGCAUGAAGCAUUAAACUUAGUCACCUUUCGGUCUC